GGUGGACCCCUGAGGAGGCCUCCGGGUGCUUGCCAGCCCCCCUCCCCGCCCCCCUCUGUUCAGACGCCUGCAGUGGGUCCUGGGCACCCACAUCCUCACCUCUGGCGACGCCUGUGGGGGUCGGAGGGCUGGAUGCUGGUGCCCCAGUGACAGGAACCGAGUGCCGGCACCGACACCAUGCGGUGUUCCCUCAGACACUGCCUCCUGACCUCCCUGGCCGUCGGAUUCCUGUGGCUCUUCCUCACCUUGCAAAUCCCCAGGGACAUGGACGAGGAUCAAAAUAAGGUCCAUGCUUUGCUUUCGUCGAUGCCCCCGGUCAGUGAUGGCGGGAAGAAGGCCCCGAGACCACCAGGAGACUGGCAGGACCUCACCUCCACGUACAUGAAAACGAUCCAGCAGAGAAGGAAGACGUGGCUGACGGUGGGCAUCUCCUCGGGGCCCGGGCGGGACCCCAACGGCCUCCUGUACACGCUGGGCUCCCUGUUCCGCGCCUCCUCCAAGGUCGAGCAGAGACACCUCACGGUGCUGGUGCACCUGGCGGACUCGGACUUCGCGUGGCUCCGGGAGACCGUCGUCCGGAUCUCAAGCCUCUUCAGCCCCCAGAUCCUGGCGGGGCGGCUGGUGCUGAUCCACGCUCCCCCGGACGCCUACUCCGCGGCGGGUCCUGCCGGGGACCAGGGGGCCCACUGCGGGGACGGGGACCAGGGGGCCCGCUGCGGGGGCGCCUCCGCCAAGCAGAACGCGGAUCACGCCUUCCUGGUGAGCUUCGCGGCCAAGCUCUCCGACUACUUCCUCUUGCUGCGGGACAACGUCUUCUGCGCCCCCAGCUUCCUCACCCACGUUCGUCGGAAGGUGUGGGCCCUGCGCGCCCACCCCUGGGCGCUGCUGGAAUUCUCCAACAGGGGCUCCCUGGGCAAACUGUUCCGGGGCGGCGACCUCCCCCGGCUGGCCCGCUUCCUCCUCCUCUUCCAGCAGGACCAGCCCCUCAGCAGGCUCAUCCCGCGGUUCAGCGUCCUCCAGGCCCAGAGGAGGCCCGUCCUCUGCAGGCCCUUCCUCUUCUACUACCGGGUCUCCUACUACCGAGCCAGCCAGGACCCCAAGGCCAGGGCCGCUCAGAGCCGGGGCCCGCCCGGCCCCCACAACCCGCCGGGAGCCGUGUUCACGGACAUGAGGGUCUUUGACGUCCACGCCCCCUGGGAGGCCUACACCCUGGACGAGUCUUUCUUCUGGACCCACAACGUCAGCGCCGGAAGCCACCUCACCGUCGUCCUGAACCGCCCCGCGAACCUGAGCCGCGUGCAGGUGCUGACGGGCACGGUCGUGGAGGGAAAGCACGCCCUGCAGAGGGGGCAGGUGGAGCUGGGCCACAGCCCCGAGGGGGUGCCCCAGUUCUGCACCAGCUUCGUCCUGCUGGGCCAGCUCCUGGAGGGCCAGCUGGACCAGGAGGCGCUGCCGACACGCGUGGGGUCCGACGUGAGCUGCGUGAAGCUGGUGGUGAACGCCGACCAGGCGGGCGGGCUCAUGGUCAGGCACAUCUACCUCUGGGAGGAGGGCGCCAGGGCCACCGUAGCAGCUCAGGGUUGA